CAGGUCCACACAGGCGCUGUCAGUUCACUGACAGGAAAGCACAAACGCUAUCAGCAUGGCGGAGUUUGGCGUAAACAAGAAUGCUUCUACAGAUGAGCUACAGAGCGUCGUGGGUAAAGGAAAAUUUAAAAGAGCCGAAGACAUCUUGUUUUACAAGAGACAGAAAGCCAGAGCUGAGUCUCAGUACUGUGCCUUACUGGACACUUUAGUCCUGCAAGAGAGAGCAGCUGCUGUGGAGCUGUGUGAGUCCUACUCUCAGGAACAUUUGCUUCUUCUAAUCCAUGAAAUUCCUAAUGGAUCUCUGAGGUUUACGAUUGAUGAAUUGCAGCCUGUCCAAGCUCGCUAUAAAGCUGCAGACGUCUUGAUUGGAGAACCCGAAUAUGAGCAGUUGAGGAUUGAGUGGAAGAGAGCUGACUGUGUUUCUCUGACCUGGGGUUCAGGGCAGUACCAUGUCCAGGUCUUUGCUUUCCCCUUCCACUUAGAGAUUCUCUAUGAGGACGAGGCAAUUGUCACAUUUAAUCCUAAAGGCAGACUCUGCUUUGAGACACUGUGUAAUCCAGCCAGGCCAUCCUCCAGUUCAUAUCAGGGUGAAGAAAAUCCUUUAGGGCUGUGGAAGGAGACUUUCACACAGUUUCAAGACACCAAUGCAAAAGGUCACAGUUCAGUGGGUAUUGACCUUCGGCUCCAUGGUUUCAGCCACGCUUAUGGUAUUCCUGAGCAUGCAGAUUCUCUCCAGCUGAAGGACACCAGUGGCAGUGAGCCGUAUCGAUUGUACAACCUGGAUGUGUUUGCCUAUGAGAUCAACAGCAGACUGGGGCUUUAUGGUUCUGUUCCUCUUCUGUUAGCUCACAAGGCAGACAGGACGCUGGGGGUGUUCUGGCUCAACACCUCUGAAACUCUGGUAGAUCUGCAGUAUGGCUCAAGCUAUCAGGAGCAGGGAGAGGAUGGCCCACCAGUGAAGAAGAGCAGGGAAAAUCCUCAAAUCGAUGUGGGCUGGGUGUCGGAGAGUGGACAAAUUGAUUGUUUCAUACUGCUUGGACCUUCACCGACCCAAGUGUUUUCUCAGUAUGCACAACUCACAGGAUACCAAGCCUUGCCACCUUUGUUUUCCCUGGGAUAUCACCAGUGUCGCUGGAGCUAUAAGGAUGAAGAGGACGUGAAAGCUGUGGAUGCUGGCUUCGACUGCCAUACCAUCCCUUAUGAUGUAAUCUGGCUGGACAUAGACCACACUGAAGGGAAACGCUACUUCACCUGGGAUUCCAAACUGUUUUCUAACCCAGUGGACAUGCAGCUCCAUUUGCAGAGAAAGAAAAGGAAGAUGGUGGUUAUCAAUGAUCCCCAUAUCAAGGCUGACCCUGAUUGGCCUUUUUUUUGUGAAGCCAGAGAUGGCGGCCAUUUUGUGAAAGACAGCAAUGGUGGUGUUUAUCAUGGAACAUGCUGGCCAGGCGAUUCCUGCUACUUGGACUUCAGUAGCUCAAGGACAAGGUCGUGGUAUGCCAGACAGUUUUCACUUGACAAGUAUAAAGGGUCUACAGAGUCCUUGUUUGUGUGGAAUGACAUGAACGAGCCCUCUGUCUUUAAUGGACCAGAGCAGACAAUGCCUAAAGACGUGGUUCAUUGCUCAGGCUGGGAACACAGGGAAUUACACAACCUGUAUGGCUUUUUCCAGCACAUGGCAACUGUUGAGGGUUUGAUAACUCGCUCUGGUGGCUUGGAGAGACCAUUUGUUCUGUCACGCUCCUUCUUUGCUGGGUCUCAGAGAAUGGGUGCUGUAUGGACAGGGGACAAUGUUGCUACCUGGGAGUAUUUGAAGAUCUCAAUCCCUAUGCUGUUGUCAUUGAGUGUCACUGGAAUGCAGUUUUGUGGGGCUGAUGUAGGAGGCUUUGUGCAGAAUCCAGACCCUGAGUUGCUGGUGCGCUGGUACCAGGCGGGGGCGCUGCAGCCUUUCUAUAGAGGCCACUCAGAUAGACGGACCAAGCGGCGGGAGCCCUGGCUGUUUGGGAGCACAGUCACUUCAGCAGUGAGAUCAGCAAUCCAACAGAGAUACUGCCUCCUGCCUUACUGGUACACUCUCUUUCACCUAGCCCAUACCUCAGCAUUGCCCCCAAUGAGACCUCUGUGGGUGGAGUUCCCGAAGGAGACAGAAACCUUCACUGUGGAAAACCAGUACAUGAUUGGCAGUGCACUCCUGGCCUGUCCUGUGACUGACCCAGGAGUCACAGCAGUCAAGAUUUUACUGCCAGGGUCAGACGAGCUGUGGUAUGAUGUCAGCAACGGUGAGGUGCACAGAGGAGGAAAGACUCUGACACUUCCUGUGACUCUGGAGACGGUACCUGUGCUGCAGCGUGGAGGAACAGUUGUGACCAGGAGAACAGGCUGUGGUUCCUGCACUGCUGAUCUCCAGCAGCAUCCCUUCACUCUUACUGUAGCUCCAGACUUUGAGGGCAAUGCGGAAGGAAUGCUGUAUGAGGAUGAUGGACACUCGUUCAGCUAUAGGGACAAAAAGCAGUUCUGCUUGCGUAAAUUCUCUCUGCAGACUGGUAGACUCAUUAGCAGCUGUGCAGCUGAAGAAGCGCUCUUCAUCUCUGGUGGCAAACUGGAGUCAGUGGUGAUUCUGGGUCAGAAGAGUGUGAAAAGGAAACCUACUCUAAAAUCACCUGCAGGGAAGAACACGGUUUCGUUUCAGUUUGAACCAAAGCAAGCUCUGUUGACGCUAACUGGUUUGGACCUGGAGAUACACACAGAUUGGGAAAUCAGAAUAUAACAACGUAUUAGUAGGUAGUUUAUUAAUAAUUAGCAGGAAAACAAUUCAGGGCCUUCUCUGUGUAUGUUCAGUUUUUCUAUAAAUGACCAUUGUUUUUUAUUGUUUUUAUGGCAAUAAUAGAUGUUUUAUUUUCAAAGGCACUUUAAUGUGUUUUUUAUGUGUUUAAGUUGUGUGUUCGACUGAGAAAAGCAAAUAAUUGUGAGAUCAAUGAAAUUUCUGAAUGGAAGUCAAAAGGGAAGUUGAAAAUUGAAGCAUUGUAACCUAUCUGAUUUAUUUACUUCCUGUUUUGUGUUAAUAUCUGGCCAUAAAGCCCUGUACUACAUGGCCAUGAUUUAUGCAACAAUGCUAACUUUUCAUGUCUUUAUGUAACAAAACAUUACAGAGUCAAACAAC